UGUACUAGAUAAGAAAGUUUGAUUAGGCACAAAUUAAUAUUAGUACCGUAUAUGUAUUUCGAGGCUGUGCAGACGUACUAUCGUGGCAUCUACAAUUUUCAGUCCAGAAACCGUUUUUAACAUCGUAUAUGAGACCGGAAUAUUAUUCUGUAUAGUCUUCAGAAUCUGCUUUGUUGGUGCUAUGAAUAUAAGAAGUGUAUUCUACAAACUUGAGCAUGUAAAAUUACGUACUGUAUUUUUCGUAUUCGUUGCUUCGUUCACCGGACUUAUUAUUUCUUGGACGACUUUUGUGACUAACAAUUAUCACGAUAGUCACGACUUCUUAGCGUUAACUCGCUUACGUCGAUUAUUGAGUGGGCCUUCUCCCAGAAAUGUUGUUAUUAUCGUUUCAAAUCGCCGUUCGGGAACAACGUUUUUAGGGAAAAUAUUUAGUCAAAAACAGGAAAGUUUUUAUUUGUCGAACCGCUUCUUCCCUAUACAACGGAAUGUAAUACGCUGAAAGAUGAACGAGUUACCACACUGACAAAAUUCCUGGACUGCAAUUUUUCUUCUGUCUGAUGAAGAUUAUGAAAAAGCUUUAAAAAUAACUGAUAUUCAGACAAAUAUUCAAAAUGUAUGCAACAUACUACUUGCUUUGCGGAUAAAAAUGGCGCAUUGCUAGAUGACUAUUCUCAACUCUGUGGCAAUAAACAAAAUACAUUGGGUGAUGAAUAUUUUGACCCGGAGUCCGAAGAAUGCGGUUAUCCACUUAAACCACAUCUCCUUUCUGAAUUGUGCAAUUCAGCGAGUAUUGUAGCUUACAAAAUUGUUCGUGUAUGCUCGUUAGAAAUGCUGGAGCCGUUAUACAGACAUCUCACUAUGAGAGGACACCGAGUAUUUGUUAUUCAUCUUCUUCGAGACCCGAGGGCCGUUUUGGCGUCCAGAUUACAACUCGGAUUAGAUGGAUUAAAUAAGACCACGUUCCUAAAAGAAACUAGAUCUUUAUGUGAAAGAUACAGAACAAAUAUUAAUUAUGCAAAUCGAAUGAAUAUUUCUGAAAAAACAAGAAAUAGGUUUAUACGAGAAGAACGUUGUCACUGACGGCCGUUAUAUGAGAAUAAGAUAUGAAGAUUUUGUGUCGGACGCGAUUGGAGUUGCUUUCAAAAUAUAUGAUUUUAUGGACAGUGAUCUUCCACCAGAGGUUGAAUCAUGGAUUCGUAGUUCUCAAGUGCACUCUGGCACUCUGAUACAGCAAGCCGCGCAGAGAAAAGACAAGUCACUAAGAGAAAAGGCUACACAACGUCUGGGAGAAUUGGUCCACCCGUUUGGCACAACAAGAGAUCCCAACAAAGUUUUACGGAAAUGGAGAUGGUUUUUCACAUUUCAGUACAUUGAAAUCGUGCAGCAAGAAUGUCGAGACGUAAUGAAGGAGCUCAAUUAUGAUCAAUUUCACUCGUAUAAAGAUUUAUUAAAUUUUUCAAUGCCAUCUUACCAUUGAGAUAUUUUAUUUAUCCUCGCACAUUUAUUGAAUAUCAAGAUGUGCAGCACACGUUUGACAUUGCCUAAACUCUUUUCUCAACAAUAACAUUUUCACUGUUUAAUAUGCUAAAUUAAUAAAAUACUCGACAACAACGGCCUUUAGCAUCAGUUAUAACUGAGAUUCAUUCGUUCAAAUCUUGCUUUACCGUAGACCAGCGUUUCCCAACCUCUUUUUGUCGCGGUCUAUUUUCUCAACGGCGGAAACCUCUGCGGACUCAAGGUGCGUUUAUUCCAACCGUACUCUGUGUGAAGAAGUAAUAUAACCAAACAUAACAGAAUUUUAACAAAUUUCAAGAUUGGAAAUUCGCCGUUAGAAAAAUUCUACUAUUUGCGUUAAUUUUCAGAAAGUAGAACUUGAUUCAGUACUUAUUAAAAUUAUUAGUAAAUCAAAAAUACAUAUAUAUUCACCGCCUUGCUUUAUUAUUAAUUUAAUCAUGAUUAUUUUAAUCUGCGGUUGUGUUGACGAAAUA